GAACUUAAACCCAACUCCAGCUGUUUCAAAGAUCGACCAACGAAACCAAUCCGUACAAAAGAGCCCGAGGCUGCUUUAUGGAGAGUACCCAUGCUAUGGCAAUUCAGUUGGUUCUCAACCUUUCGGUGCCGAUACCGUGCGCGUUCUUCUCUCCCAUUUUCUAAAAAAUUGCCCAAACUUUUUGUAUUUUUUAUACACUAAUUAAAAAAUAGUGCCGGGUUGGUGUAGGUACUAAAGGUGCUGGGCCCAAGUUUGCGACUUUUCUUUGUCAUCUUGUUUGGAGUAAUUUGCAACAAGUGGAAUUUGCAAUCAUGGAGUUUCACUCGACUCGCCGAGAUGACCUCAUCGGCCGCCAUAACCGAUCCACAAGCCGGUGAAAAAGUGAAAGAAAGUUCAAUCAUUUCAACAAUCCACAGGGCCUACAAAAACGAUGACGAUUUGGUCUUCCGUGACCCCACGAAUCGACGAAGUUUCAUAAACCGCUCGGCUUACGCGAAACUGCAUCGUUCCUCAAGUGCUGGAAGUAACCGUCACAGUGUCGGCAACCUAAAAGGCCGAUUUGAAAGCCUGGCCCGCGAGAAUUCGCAAGACGAGCCCAACUCCCCAGUUAAAGACACACCCAGUGAGAGUUCCACCGAAGAAGAUACCAAGUUCACUCCUGCCAGUUUCGGGUACCCCAAAACGGCAAAAUUAAAGCCUCCUCUUAUCAAACCCAAGCCCCAAAUUCGGAGAAACAUCCCCAAAGAUGUGAACUCGAACGUGGUGCAAAAAUCUGAAUCAAACGAUGGUGAGGAGUACCGGAUUGUCAUCCAACAGUCAGCUUCCGAGGAAAGUGUAGACAAGAUUGCCAAAGAGCUGUCCAAUUUCACCAUGGAUCGCAAACCAAAGAAACGAGGGAGUUUCCGCAAGUUGUUCCUUGGAGGUUUGUUCAAUAAAGACAAGAAGAAGAAAGAGGAAGAACGAAGGAAGAUUGGUGAUAAUAUUGUCUAUAAUGAUAAUUUGAAGAACGAAUCGAGUUUUGUGAGACAAGCGCCUCAGAGACAAACGCUUCCGGUGAAUAGUUAUAAUGAGCGGAUUCGUAAUCAAGAAAUCCACGAGGAGAGGAUCAAAGAACUUGAGCAAAAAUAUGCCGAAAUGCAUGUUAACCGCUUCAACCAAAUCCGGCAAAAUUUUAGUGAGAAACGCGAAGAUUAUGUUCCUAUGGAUGCCAAAAAUGCGAAAUCUAUUGAUUUGGUCAAAUAUAUUGAUACGAGUUCGUCCGAAUCUGACAAACCAAACGGAGUCGUGGCUCGCGACACUCCUCCCCGAGCCAAAGAAACCUACCAGAAUAUCCAAGUGGUCAAACCAAAGUCGGUCACACCAUCUCCUAGUCCCAGAACCAUCGAAAGAAAUUUAAACCGGAGUAAUAGUAAAGAAUAUCCAGACAAACCCAAUAUUACUCCUGAGGAUACAUACGGUACUGUUUUUGACAGUUUGGAGUACUCCCCGAGCCGGAAUGGUGACCUGAAACCGGUCAAUACCCGCUCUAGUGUUACCUCACCCAAACCUCCACUUUCCCUCGAAAGUACUAAACUGAGACUGCCAUCCAAUCGCGAAAUUUACGAACCCCUGCCUCGGGUCAAAUCACCAAUUCCUACAAACAGGGUUAGUACUGAUAAAAUCAUAGCGACUGAGCUUUUAAAAGGGACGAGAUCACCAACUCCUCCUAAGAGAACCGUUUCAAAAGAGGUUAUAACCGGUAAACCUCCAAUGUCGCCAAAAUCUCCGAGGAAAAACGAACCACAAGUCGAUAGAAUAGUCACCAAUGCUCUUGUACACGCCCCUCGCCCUGAAACGCCCCUCCGGGCUGCAACUCCAGUCGAACUACGUAUGUCCGUCUCUAUGAAAAUGUCGCCUAAUAAGAAGGAUAUAAGGAAGAGUGUUGAGGAGUACUACUGGAAAGAAUUGAAGAAAUUGAAAGAGGAGGAAGAUUCAAGGCUUUACGCCAUGCAAGUGAAUGGUUAUUUUGAAGAGCAGGCAAAAUUGAAACGGUCACGAAGUCUCUCGCCGUCGAGGGUCGGAAGGAGGAGUUUGAGUUUGCCGAGGGAUAAUCGAGUGGUUUAUGAUGGCGUGAGGGUGCAACAACAACCGAUCCCCGAAGAUCAAAUCAUGACAGGGAGACAUUUUGUUUACGAUCAAGGAUUCAUAAGGGGGAGUACUGAACGGAGGACGGUGGAUAGUCUCCAAAGACCCAUUUUCCGAAGAGGGAGUUUAUCUAAACAGGAGAUUUAUGAGCCCCAGUAUAACAAGAGAGUGAGUUUUUCAAACGGACAGCAAGCGUGGCCUACUAGAAAUGGGUACGUACAAAGCCCCCCUCAAAGAAGGUUAGGUUCGGAAUUGGAGGAUGAUGUCUUUGUUGACAGUCCCAAAGAACCGAUCUAUGGUACUAGAUACACUGGGCAGAAUGAACCCAUUUACAGUAACAGGAUUUUGGAUAAAUUCAGGGCCCAACAAUUAUACGAGUCGCCAAGGAGGCAGCUUUAUAAUCAAGUUCCUCCACAAAUGGGUUCGCGGAGGUCGUCCAUGGAGGCAAUACCAAGGCAAGACAUAUACGUCUCUCGCAACCAAAUCCGGAGACCUGUAUCAAACAUCCCUGAAGACUAUACAAGGAUCCCCUUUCAGCAAUACCCCAGCAACUCCCAAUCAUCCCUUCGCAAUUCGAUCUACUCCUCUCGGCAAAGCAUGGCCGAGCCCAUCUACGGCCAAAAACACGUUAGUGUGAGAAACAAAUUUUGCGAUAUUUACGGCCAAAUCCACGAUUCGCCCAAGUCUGGGGUCGUGAUGGGUCAAUUAACCAGCCCAGUGCCCCACCAACCCGAGCAUUUCGUUCGCGGUUCGCGUCUAACUUCAAGUGCUAACGAUGUCGGCCAACGCAUUUACGAACCAAGAAUUCAGAAAUUUCCGCCGAACCGACCGUUGCCGCCUCCACCGACUAAACCUAACCGAUUGCAGGUUUCGGAUACGGAGAGUGGUUCCGAUGCAAGCGAGAUCCAGAGAAUCAUGCAAAAUAAAACGAAAAAUAAAAAACGGGGCUUUUUUGAUGAAGAAUGGAACGCCGACGGGAAGUCCGGAAGAGGCGCUUCGGGGAACGACAGCGGUCGGAGUGACAAUGAGGGUGAAGUGAGAGGGCGAAGUCGCAACACUCGGCGAGACGACCCCCGCAGACAUACCCUUGGCGCUGACCAGCAAUACUUGGGUAUGGCGGGUCAGGGAGGUCCUCUCUCUCGCACCAUGGACCUCGAGAUGAGUUCCACAAGACCGAGAAAGGGACAACCUCGAGGGUAUCCACCGCCUUCCAACGCCAUGUUGUUUGAUGAUGACCCGGGAAUCAUGUCGGAAGUUGAGACCAGCUCUACGGGCUUCCGCAGAGGUGGCAAGCAGAGGAGUUCGCUUCCGGUUGUGAGAACUCCAAGCAAGACAUUAGAGAGGCCAUUAGGUUUAGUAUUUCUUCAAUAUCGCAACGAAACUAAAAGAGCUCUUCUUCCGAACGAAAUCACUUCUAUUGACACCGUCAAAGCACUUUUCGUCCGUUCAUUCCCUAAACAACUCACAAUGGAGUAUCUUGACUCCCCCAAUGUGAAAAUCUACAUUCACGACUCUUCCAAGGACAUGUUUUACGAGUUGGAAGAUUUGAGGUCGCAUUUGAGGGAAAUUAGGGAUCGCUCAGUCCUGCGCUUGUUCGAGUCAGCAGACGUCUCAGGGGGACUCCCUGUGGCCGGGAUAGGUAUCGCCGGCGGUGUUGGUCAUUUCGAAGACCCGAGCUACUUCUCAGAGCCCGAAUUUGACUCAGAGUACCAACACCAACACAUCCACAAAAGUAAGGGCAGCGCCGGCAAAGCCCCUUACUACAUGGGCUCGACCGCCAGCCUCCCCCGCGGCGCCGCCCUCCUGCGCACUUACUCCCCCGCCGUGGGGGCCCUACCCGCCGACCGUCUCAAAUCUCUCCCGACAGGUGCUCCUCCCAAACCUCAACGUGCGUACUCCGGUGGGUCCACCCGUUCGAGUGAUGGCCCACCAAGACCACCAGACCGAUUCGCCCCCUUCCAAAGGCCUGCCAACCCUCUCUUUGCUUUACCAGAUGGGUAUAUGUCGUCGCCUGAGAGGGGGUCGCGCUACGAGGACCCCUACUACAGCCAAUACGCUUCCAGGUCGGGUUCCAUCACCCCUGUUAUAGACGAAGAAGUCAGUGACACCGAGUUGCUGGACGAUUCCUACUCCCUUUACGGGGUUAAGUUAGCUUCGGGGGGUCCACGAGGGGGUCCUAGGUCCCCCUUUCCACCUCCUGCGGCCGUUCCAUAUGACGCUACACGGUUGCGUGUAGAAAAUAUGGAGCGUCAACUUGCUAAUUUGACAGGUUUGGUACAAAAGGCACUCACGCAAACUCCCACAACGCAUUUACAAGUACCAGGGAGGGAGAAUUAUCGUACAGGAGACGAGUUCGAUAAGAACUCCAGUUCAAGUUCCGCCUCUUUACCAGAUGACUCGUAUCUACGAUCUGACAGCAAAACGCCCAAAUUGGGCAAAAGCGGCUGUCAUAAAUCGGUUUCUUUCGAGAAAUCGGUCUCAUUCAGUGAUGAACCCCCCGACAUGAACUCGCCGAAGCAACACAGUCCACAACAUGCAGCGGAUACUAAACCUGCCAAACCCGCCAUUAAAUCAUCAACUCUUCCGCGGACCUCCUCACAGGAGAGAGAUCGUUUAAAACCGGCGCCUCCGCCAAAACCGGCAUCGUUAUCUCCAGGACAAUACGAUGGAAGACUUUUAUACCGCGACCUGCAGUUAACACCAGAAAUGUACAACCAGUUGCGUGGGUUGCAAAAGAAAGCAAAAGAUUUAAGAGCGGAAGUUAGGAAUUUGAGGAGGAUGUCACAAGCUCAAGCUCACUCAGUCAGAGAAACAAUUAGAGACACUUUUAUUAAAAUUAGAGCAAUGCUUUUAGCUGGAGGUGAACAAGUGUGGCAAGCCGGAAUGGAUCAAGAACGGGUACGUUUAAGUCGAGAGGAGGACCUUUACAAGCAAGAAAUGUUACGUUUGGAGAAAGAUUUGAGCGAUCUAGAAUCAACAGUUGAGGAAUUGAGGGGUAAUGUGAUUAAUAGGAAGACGAGAGUUAAUAUGUCUGAUGUUGAAAACAUGGCACUAGUCUUAAGUAAAAGCUCAAAAACUGUGGCCGAUUUAAAAUUAAGAUUUCCCGGCCUACAAGAUGGAAUGAAGACUUUUCUAAGUUCAGAAAUGGAGAAAGUUAUGAGGGAGGAAAAGUUUCUCAAGGAAGAGCCUGAACGGCUGGAAAGUGCAUUAAGACGGUGUAAAAAGCUUACAGGGACUCUAGUCACUUUAAAAAGACUUGCAAGUGUUCAAGAGCAACGACUUCCGUGCUCAAAUUCAUCGACUGAUGGUCGUCUUUCGCCCACCGUGACGGAGACGCCUCCUAUCACCCCCACGUCCUCGAGCAAGCCCCCUUCCGGUGCACGUAUGGGGUCGGUCAUCGUCGGGGGAGACUCCGUCAGCUCCAGCGACAGUAGCCAACGUCCGGAGAACGCACUCGACGCUUUGUUAGAUGAGCUCCAGACCUUCUCCAAGCCCCCCAAUGAGGAGGAGCCGCCCGCGGUGCCCGCGAAGGGCAUCGUCCCUAGUCAUCCCCCGCACAUGUCCGAGAUCGGCCGGAAAGGCAGCAUGGACUCGGCCACGUUCCUCCCGACCCAGAACCUGACUGUGAGCACCGCCACCGGCAGUUUGCGACGGCUGCACUCCUACCCCAGCGGCUCCGACACGGACAACAGCCCCCCGAUCCAGCCCCAGAAAACCAUCAGUAAGCCCCCUCUGCCCGAACGCAACGCUGAGCUGCUGCAGCACAUUACGGGACGGCGCGUUCCGCCCCCUCCGCCGCCACGUACCAGCUCCAAGUCGCCUCUCGCCUCUCCCACGUCCCCUAGCCUGCCCCCGCGCUCACCCGCCGCCGGCUUGCAGCACAUCCAAAACGUGCAAAACAUGGUGGAGAACAAACCGCAAUCGCAGUUUGAGACUGCCACGCAAAACCUAGGUUUAGGCACUUUGAGGAGAAACGUUCCUAAUAGGUCUAGUAUCAAGGAUAAGGCGCAAACGCUGCCCAGGAAUGUGGGGUCGAAUCUACAAGUACCCCCAGAGAAUGAGGCGAUAAGUGCCUCAAAUAGUAGCAGUUGCGAGAGUGUUAACUCGCAAGAUGGAACGAAGAAGUCGCGGAAGGAGGAGUUGGAGCAGAGGCAUCAGGAGUUGCUGAAGAAGCAGAAGGCGCUCCAGGAGCAGUACGCCAGGCUGCAGCAGCUCCAAAGGGGGGCCAGUACGUUGGCGGUGGUGCCCCCGACCUCCGAAUUAUUGAAAAAGACAGGAAGUGAGUCGAAUUUGUUGCAGAAAAUGGGGCUCCAAAUGACUACCUCACAGAUCACCGGGUCUUUGACGAAUCUUCCAAAUACAACCGCUAAUUCCGUUAGUAAAAACACCUCGACCAAUACGAAUACCACGACUAGUAACAACGCGGAAGAACAGACCACCACGACUAAUAAAGUUUACGAAACUGAUAUACUGUGACCAAGCACUCAAAGACGCCUGCAAUCUGUAUGUUGAAUUUGUUGCACUCGAUACUCAUAUCACGACUGGAUUGUUACUUUUCCUGUUUACUCUGAUUGAAUGUAGUCAGUGUUUUAUAACGGUUAGGGAUUUUGUCUUUUCGAUCUUAAUAUCUAUAAAGACGUAAUUUUACGAAAAUACAACAAAGUCGCUGUAAUUUUGCAAAAUUACGUAAGGAACGUUCUAAAAAUGUCACUUUUCGUUACCUAUCACGAUUUGUUAUGAUCUACACUGAAUUUGUACAUAAUUACAAAAAGAUUGCAAAAUGUAUGACGCACUCAUUGGAAAAUUAAAAAACACCACUAAAUUUGUUGAGACACAAUGUAUAUAAAAUGUUGAUUUGGAUCGUUCCGGUUUUAUUUACUAUACAGGAGCGUACAGAAGUAUGAAAUCCACUCUUUAUUGAAUGAAAGAUUUAUUUUGGAAGACAUUCGUAAAACAGCCUCCCCGUAUAUUUGAAAAAUUUACAGACACGCUAGGUAUCAUCCUAAAUGAAUGAGUUUAUUAGAUAAUGUGGCUUCCCAAUGCAACAUUAUUGGUUCACGUAACUUAAAAAAUGUUAAACGAGAGAUUGUUUUUGUGCUUUUGAACGCAACUGUAUUUUGGACGUUGUUAAAUAUUGCUCAAGAUAUUAUAAUACUUUACCAUAUGUAAUCAAAGAUGUUGCACAUCAUAUUUAACUGUGGUGUUUUUCAAAUGUUCAUGUGAUUAAUUUUGAACGGAAUUUUUUUGGCAGUACUAGAAAUUCCAGUAAAGCAUCCACAGACCCCCACCAAUAUUGUGAUGUAUCAGUUUUGCAUUUUUAUAUGUACUUAGAAAACGCAAAGGUCCCUCAGCUGAUAUUUACUGUUAGAAUUUUUUGUCUGGUAUAAGGCCUACCUGAAAAUGCCAAAUUUUAAGACUACUACCGAUCGUUGUACGCCCAUAAAUUCCACAGCAGUAUUAAACAGAGUGAACAUGCGAUUAUUUAAACCAACUGUAUGUCAUCUUUUGAUAAUUUAUUCGCAACAUAGUCACAAUAGAAUUAAGCAAAUUUCUAUUUAAAUGUAAAUAAUUUUGGUUGUUGAAUGAAACGUGGUGGCUGCUAAGCAUUAGGUGCCAAUGUAAUUAAAGUUGUAACUGAAUAAAAUAAUUAAUACCGA